UGGCUGAGGCCAGUGCGGCAACUUUUUGUAGAAGUCUCAGCAGUCCUGAAGGCUUCUGGGUCACUGAUAACUCUUAAGGCCCCUGCUGGCUCACGGUUUUCUCUUAGUUUGCUACCUAAGAAUGCACCAAAUGUCACAUCCUUUCAUCAGUGUAGAUUACUUCAUACCACACUGUCAAGAAGAGGCCUGGAAGAACUUUUUGAUGACCCAAAGAAUUGGGGGCAAGAAAAAGUAGAAUCUGGAACUGCGUGGACCUGUCACCAAUUAAGGAACAAAAGUAAUGAAGAUUUACAUAAACUUUGGUACAUCUUAUUGAAAGAAAGAAACAUGCUUCUAACUCUAGAACAGGCGGCCAAAUGGCAGUGUUUGCCAAUGCCAAGUCCAGAACAGUUAGAAAAGGUAGUUGAUGUCAUGGGUGCAUUAGAUGAAGUUGUCCAGGAAAGAGAAGAUGCUUUGAGGCUUCUCCAGACUGGUCAAGAAAAAGCUAGACCUGGUGUUCGGAGAAGAGACAUCUUUGGAAGAAUCACCUGGCACAAGUUCAAGCAGUGGCCUAUACCUUGGUACCUAAAUAAAAGAUACAACAGGGGAGGAAACAAUUCUUUGCCUUAUGUGGAUUGUUUUAUCAGACUGAGAACUGAGAAACAAGCCCGCAUUUCAGCAAGAAAGAAAACUUUGGAGAAAAAGAAACAGAAAGCUCUGCGAGAAAAGUUUCCACAUCUUGCUAAAGCCCUGAAGUCAAGCCUUGUCUAA